AUGCUGAGCAAUGAUAACAACAACAUGAAUAACAACGCUGAAACCGUUGACCAUACGUUGAUCAAUCCAAACGAUGUACUAUCCCACAAGGGCAAGGGGAAACAUGAAGGAAACUGCAUGCUUCGGGAAACCAUUAUAGCACGGUCUGCUGAGUUUCAUGUCUCUAGCUUUGAGAGAAAGAAAGAGAUCCUUGACGAGAUCGUAUUGGGCGUCGAUGGCAGAUUCUUGAAAUGGGAUUCGGAAAAUCGACGGUACUUUGUGCUGACCAACGAAGAUGCGGUGACAAUUGUACGAAAGCAAUUCGGCAAUUUGAAAUUCAAGUUGCAGAAGCAGGCUGAAGAAGAUUUUAAGCACGAUCCCAACCAAGAUUUGAACCAAGAACCCAUUAUUCCCGAAGCUGUACUAUCACUCGAGGCACCACCAACUCGAAAGGAGGACGACGAGUUGAAUUCUAGAAUGGAAUCAAUGUCUGUGGAUAGUGAAUUGCGUCGAUUUCUAGCCCAGGUUGAUUGGAAUAUGUUUGACGAUGAGGAAACGGCAGUAACCUGCAACAAAGUGUCCCGUGACGAAGACGAUCGUUCGGCAAAAGGUACCCUAUUGAAGCUGUUGUCCGACGAAGGAGGCGAGCAACUCGCGCAAACGCUUCUAUCCAUUGUCAGCUCAGCCGAUCAAGAAGCUGCAGGCACAGCAGUUGCAAGACCCAGUGGCAGCACUUUGAAAUUGGACGAUGAAGCUCAAGAGAGUCUAAAGGCAGCAAAGAAGUCCCUGUUGCAACAACAAGAGAGACCUCGGAAAUCUGCCAGAAACAUUGCUCCAGAGAAAGUGAAAGUAGCAAAACCUGAGGGACAAGAGGACCAGAAAACGAAAUCUAGUCAUGCUAGUCAUUCCGUUCUUUCCUUCCAGAUCGAACACGACAUGCAACACAUCCAAAUUGAGAAGAACGUCAGAAUGGGACGCAAGGAGGGAGCCAAGAAAGACAGAGAAUACACUGGCUCAAUGAUGGAAAACAAGCCUCAUGGCGUGGGUUCCAUGAUUUACGAUAAUGGCCGGAUUCUCAUCGGAAAUUGGGCACAAGGAGUCUUUCAAGGCCAAGGAUGUGCAAUCUAUGAGAAUGACGAUAUGUGUUUUGGGUCCUUUUUGAAGGGCAAGGCGGAUGGCUGUGUAUCGUACAUCACAGAGUACUCCAGGUACAUUGGUGAUUACCAAAAGAAUACCCGGCAUGGAAAAGGACUAUACAAUGACAUUCAAAUGGGAAUAUUCAAUGGUGACUUUGUUGAAGGUAGAUUCGAAGGCUUAGGUGUUCACACGGCAAUGAAUGGGAACAUCACAAAAGGACGUUUCGAGAACUGGAAAAUAAUCAAGAAGAUGGCCACUAUACCUGAGGGGGAUGUCAACAUGAAUGCCAUCUCGAAGGUUUAA